AUGGUGGAAUCCACGACUCGAGGACCCGCAAUUCGACGUCCCGUUCUAACCGUAAAAGGUGCACGGACGAUAGAUGCCCUAACUGGACAAGAAGUUGUUAAUGCGCAGAAUGGUGGAAAUACAGAGGCAGGUUCAUGUGGACGAGGUACAUCAUCAUCAUCAAGUAGAGCACAACAGAUCCUAGCACGAGCUAAAACCAAGAGACGGACUAACUUGAUGAAUUUAGCUGCUUCCGGAGGUUCCUCGAGGAGUAUGUUAGAGAAUAGUGGAGGAUGUUCCAGUGUCUUUGAUCGGAUGCGAAACGUGAAACAGAGAGAACGGUUACAGCAAGCAGAGCAAACUGGGAUUGCACAUUUGAAAGCGAGGCAGGAGGAGGUGGAGGUUGAGAAAGUGAGGGACGACGUCAAAAAUGCCAGGGGGGAUGAUGAUGAUACGAGCGAUAUAAAAAUUCUUGCUGGUGGUCGUUGUACAACCUCAGGAGCGUCAUCAACAUCAUCUUCUCGCCCUCCAACAUCAAGAGGAAUGGAUGACUCGGAUGCUGCUCAGGUCCACGACAGGUCUGACGUUGAGACAGUUGAUAUCGUCGGGAAACAACACGAAGAUUCGAGAGCGUGCUCUCCAUCAUCUCCUCUUGUUCAGAAUAAGCCUUCAUACAGUAGAAGUAGUGCUUCCUGCUCUUCAUCAUCUAGCUCAUCCUACAUCAAACCUUCACUUUUGUCUUCCGCGUCCUCCUCCUCGAUAGCAG